GAACCAGAAUUCAAGCUCACAAAGUUAUAAUGGUAAUUGUUCGCCAAAUGUGACCAAGAAUGAGACAGUACACCAAGAAAAGAUACAAUAUAUUUGCGAAAGCAUUGGGAAAAUCGUAAAUUUAAUAACUUUAUGUCUAUGUAAACCGACGUCACAUUGCAUAUGUAAAAAAAGAAUCCAUCACAUACUUACAAACUUGGCCUAUGGAAUUUACUCGCCUAAAGAUAAUAUCAACUUUACAGUAGAAAAUAAAUUUGAACAACGGAAAAAACCUUACUAUGGAAAAACUUUUCGAGAUGUACAAGUGUUAGCCUGUCCUGAGCAUGUACAUGUAUAUUGCGAGAAUCCAAGUGUCCUUAAUGAGAACGUGCCAUAUAGAUCUGUGGGAAUUUCUUUUAAUAAAGACCGUAAUACGCAUGAAAAAAUAUGUUCAUGUGGAGGAAAGUUUAAUCGUAAAACAAGGAAUGUAGGUAUUUGGCAUUCAGGGAAAAGGUACAUGUGUUCCAAAGGUCUUGAUGUUAACAUCACAAGGUCUACCAGAACAAUGGCAACGAUGUUUAAGACAGGCUUUCAACGUGUAUACCCAGCUCACAUCACUACACCCAAGAGUGGAAACAGUCACUACUACAGUAUGGAUAGUUCCAUCUCUUAUGCCGCAUCUAUACUUACAUCAAGUCAAAGAGAACGUAGAAAUAACUCCACAAUUUAUAGAGUUGACACAGUUGGUUACGGAAACAAAUUGGACAAGAAGAAGCGACGUUUCAGAAUCAUCGCUGUUACCAAAACGAAUACAGGAACAUACACUGAUAAUACGACAAAUUUAGUUAAUAAUAGUACAAUGACAUCGAACAUGUUCAACCCUGUUUUAGAUAGGCGGGAUAAGUCUAUAUCUCUAGUGAAAGACAGAGCUUUGAUGGUGAAAUUAAGAUUGAAAAGGAAAGAGACAAAAUCACAAAGCGUGUCUACGGAUGGCAGAGUGGUUACUUUCCGAAGUAGUACAGAAAUUAUUCCAAACGUACCAGAUAAAACAAGAUUAUCUCCAUCGAGAUAUCUUUUGGAGUCACAGAAGUAUUACAACGAACUAUUUUACGGAGGCGCUACCGCUGGUAUGCGCUAUGUGCCACAUUACAAUAUAGAUAUGGACAACAACGAGGAAUUCCAAGAGCUUGAUGGAAAGCCAUCAAUGGAAUUCAUUACAUUCGAGCAAAAAGCGCGUAAAAGGAGUCGUAAAUACCGUUACAUUCUGGCCCGGAAUAAUAUAAGUAAAAUGGUUAAACCCGUAUGGGAGUAUACCCCUGCAACCGGGGACUAUCAUUUGCUAAUACGAAGCAGGCCCCCGAAGAAGAGAUCAACGACGGUGAGCCCAUCUCAGAGAAAAACAAGAAACUAUUGGACAACAAAUACAACAGUGUAUUUGGCAAAGAAAUUGGUUGAAAAUAGGACAAAGCGCAAGAACUUAUAUGACGAUAGUAGAUUUAGUUCCACAUCUCUAUAGAAGCGACGAGUAUGUAAAUGUAAAAAGUCGAAUACAAAAUGACUGUUUUAUUCAUCACGCAUAAUAUGUAAAAUUGUUUGUGAUUGCCUAGUUAAUUACCAAAAAGAGUCCUCAAAAGAAACAACCGACAUACGACAAACUUGUAUUAAAGAACUAUUACAAAAAACGAUUUAAUAUACAUCAUGCAUAUUAUAUAUGAAAUUGUAGUGAACAAAACGCUUAACUCUUGCGCGAAAUAUUUCGAGUAUUGGAGUAAACAGUGUGUUAUGCGGUCCGAUACCAAUUAUUUUUGAGAUUUUUAAAUAUUUUGCAUUUUUAUUUAAAUAAAAAGUG